CAACAACCGUACUUUAAAUUAACCGCAUAUUUCGUUUACUUCUUUGUUUAUUUUUACAAAAUGUCUGCAAGUUUAGCGAAUGUGUACGCAGAGCUUACGCGGCGGUAUGGGGAAACCUAUACAAUUACCUAUGGACACCCUCCCACAUAUUUAGCUAGUAUAGCUGGAGUUUCGGAAACUGGAAAGAAGAUGGUUCUUGUUUUCAAGGAGGAUCGGAGUGGCUCCUCAUCCAAAAUUCAACAUGUCACGCCCAAAAAGGCAUUGCCGAAGUCGGAGGGCACUUCUGAGUUGGACCUGACAGGAAGCCCAUUAAAGGACGAUUGCUUAGUUGAUGCUAUUGCUGAUCUGUCGCUGGAUUUGCAACUGGAGCAUUCUAAUCCCUGGAAGCUGGAGGAAGAAUUCCAAAGAGGAGUCCCUGUUGACCAGGCCAGGGGAAUUAUUUCUACUGAACCUUUUCAGCAGUCAGAGGGAACAGGCUCAGUUUGGUUUCUGUGUGACGGAGCGGAUUUGGGUCAGACGCAACUCCUUCAGUACGAGUUCAACAAGAGUCACUUUUCACGUGGAAUUCUUAGCUAUCACGGUGUUGUUCCUGCCUAUAUGGUCACCUCCCAGUUUCUGGUGAAACAACAUUCAAUGGUCGGUGUCCGCGCCCCAAUGGAAACCACAAUCGAAAACAGCUAUCAGGUAAAUCCUCAAAUGACCUUGCGAUGCUCUUGGACAACCAAUGCGUCCUUGCCGCUUCUGGUCAACCUGCAUGACUGCGAGGUGGUUCUGAAUCACACCUUCCGGGCGGGUGAAUGCACUCCUCUGACUCAGGACUUUAUGAACCAGCUGCGUAUCUUGGUUUAUAUUCGCGAAGAUAUUGUCUCCUAUCACAAGGAUAUGCAACAAGGAAAGUCCAGGGAUCCGACGUACAGAUGCGGUACUGGGAUUGACAUGGACGAACUGCGGGAGUCCAUCAAUAAGACCAUGACGGAUGUCUCUGGGUUCAUGGAUCCAUAUAUUAACGGCCAUGCAGAGUUUGAUAUCGAGGAGGUGGUGCAGCGGGCCAAAGUUCGACGGCUUACCGAUCUUACAGACAAGCUUUGGGAACUUCUUAAAUCUUGUGCCUCCUAUAAGGAUCUUAAAAUAGCCUUCGGUAUGCUAUUCCAGUGCGCUGCUCGGUGCAAUAUUGUUAACACUCCCACCAACAAAAAUCGUCUGGCAGAAAUAAUAACCGAACUAUCCAAUCGGCGUCUGGCCAUGCCAUGCCUCAGUGGCGCAGAACCUCUGGAGCUGUUGUUGGAGAUUGGUCUGGAGAAGGUGCUCAAGGAUUACGAGUUUAUCUACUCGGAAAGCAAACUGUGCAGUACUCACCUGCUAAGGGACACAAACGAAACGGUAAAUGACGAAGGCUCGCCGCAAAAUGUGCCACAAGUGCGAAAAUCCUUGCACAAUGCUGUUAGGGGGGAUCCAGCGGCCGGUGCAGGAAUGCGCAAGACAUUGCUUCACCACAACGCUGGUGCGAAGGCAGGGAAUGCUAAAUAUGGCAAAGUCGACGAUGACUCCGGCUUCAAAAACAGCCAUUUCGACGAGCAGGAGAGCCUGGAGCGGGUCUCCAAGUUGUUUCAAAUACACUGCACCCUGGAACAUCUGCUAAUGAUACACAUUAACUUGAACUUGCCCAAUGUUUACAGUGAUGUUUGCUCAGAGCUUUUAAAGAAAGCCCCCAAAAUAGUAGAUGCCAUUGAUGAAAAUGUGAGCGAUGUGAUGGACAUCCAUUUGUCGGCUCUGUAUGUACGUGAACAUUUGGAGGGCAAAGAGCCCUAUUCCAGGCACAUCAGUAUGCGAUCACAUAACAAAUUCCGCGAGAUUAAAACCACUUUUUACUUCAACUCGGAGAAUAUAUGUCCACCCGAAUUAGCUAAAUGUUUUCAGUGCGAUGAUAAGGAAAUGGUCAAAGAGCGUACCUAUCAUUCCUGGCUUUAUCGCAAGAUUCGUACUCUAAAGUGA